CAGGAGCCCGGCGCGCCUGACUUGGGGUCACGCUGCUGGGCUCGCCGCACCACCUGCGCUCCUCUCGUGUCCCUCACCUCCUCGCCCGCCCGGCCGUGGCCUCCAGCCGCGGGGUCGGACCUCUGGCCGCCCCACCCUUGCCGGGGCUCCGGCGUGAGCCACAAGCGGUGCUCUGCUGGAGCCUGGGGAUCUGCAGCGGGUGAUGCAGUGGGAACCGUGUGGUGCCUGCCUGGGGAUGCGGUGGGAAUGCUUGGCUCCCUGAGCACAAAGUGACUGCAACUAGCACGAGCUUGGGACUACUUCUCGGAAGAUGCCCUGCGUGUCUCCAGUCAUUCCUCUCCGGCCUCACCGCAGAAUAUUUGGAGUUGCUAGCUUUCUUCUGCCGAGGGGGGACGAAGGCAGAGGCCUCCAGAGGGUUAAGAGCAUCUGCUUUUACGCCAAGUGUUUAAGCAGGAAAUAAUCUGCAGAGAUACAUGUGCAGCAAUUCAACUGCUGCUGCUCUCUCAGGCUGCUGCUGCAGUUCGGUGUGUGAGAGGAGCCGUGCUGCUCACAGAAGAUGCUUUCUUGGUGUGUCCGAAUCUCCAGGCAUGGCAGCAGAGCCCCGGCUGUCUGAGCUGGGGUAAAUGUCUCCAUCCAAGAGGAAUUAUGUUGAUUUGCUGGCUCUGUCGGCUCACGGAGAGGUUUCCCUGGCAUGUUUGAGUCUCCUCCCCGGUGAGCAGUUCAGCCCAGUGUCAUCCCCAGGCUCAGAGUGCUUUGAGAAGAGCCCACUGAAUUCCUGCUAGGAGGGCCCUGAGCCACAGGCAGAGCAAACCUGCCCAGCUGAUCACCAAACCUCCUUUGGAGCAGCUGCCAGAGGGGCUGAAUUCCCUGUUUCCUGCUGUGCUGCCCAGAUCCUGUUCCACGUGGGCCAAGGCUGGUGUACACCCACGUCCCCGUGGUUCUGCGUGAGAUCCUCACCCUGCACACCCACGGCCUCUCCCUCCUCCUGUCCCUGCUAGCAGUGCUGCAUCACCACCCACCAGAUGUGCAAGUGGCUGCAAAGAGCUCCCCUCCCUGAGCACAGGUGCUCUCUUUCAAGAAAAAAAAUGGUGAACUUGGAAACCAGCUGGAGAUUGCAAAGUCUCCUUUCCCUUGAGGUUGGUGGUCAGUGGUCAUCCUCUACCACACCCAAGGAAACUAGAAGAGCUCCACACUAACUUCUGUAAGGUCUCCUUCACUAUGGAAGAUCAAAGUAUUUUCUGGCUCAGGUUUUGUGAUGUUCGGCAUCUGCCUUGGACCUGGAAUUUGGAAAAGGGAUCGUCUCUGAGGCACGGUUAAGAGACAGAGGAACCAGCCCCAGACAAUGAGCACUUUGAGUAGCACUGGAAUAUUGCUCAGCUUAACAACAGUGUCUGUUACACUGGAUUUUAGUUUGCAUGGUGGUCUGAUGGCUUGGUCCUUAAGCAGCAAUUUGACUCUGAACCAGAGUUUGCCUACAUCUGAUCCUCUUAACACCUCUGAGAAGGACGAAGUCUCUCGGAUGUCCAUGAGGGAGAAGAAUUGGCCAGCCCUCCUGAUAUUGGUGAUCAUCCUGCUGACCAUUGGGGGGAACAUACUGGUAAUUAUGGCUGUGUCCUUGGAGAAGAAGUUGCAGAAUGCCACAAACUUCUUCCUGAUGUCGCUGGCAGUAGCAGACAUGCUGGUGGGUAUCCUGGUCAUGCCCGUGUCGCUCAUUGCAGUCCUCUACGAUUAUGCUUGGCCUUUGCCUAAACAGUUGUGCCCUAUAUGGAUUUCCCUAGAUGUGCUCUUUUCAACUGCAUCUAUUAUGCAUCUCUGUGCCAUCUCUCUUGAUCGGUACGUAGCAAUUCGCAAUCCCAUUGAGCACAGCCGCUUCAAUUCCCGAACCAAGGCCAUUAUGAAAAUUGCUGCAGUUUGGACCAUAUCCAUAGGGAUAUCUAUGCCUAUUCCAGUGAUUGGUUUGCAGGAUGACUCCCGGGUAUUUGUAAAUGGGACCUGCGUCCUUAACGACGAGAACUUCGUCCUCAUUGGAUCCUUCAUGGCUUUCUUCAUCCCUCUCAUCAUCAUGGUGAUCACGUAUUGCCUGACUGUCCAGGUGCUGCAGAGACAGGCCACGGUGUUCAUGUGUGGAGAGGUGCCCAAGCAGAGGAGGAGCAGCGUGAACUGUCUCAAGAAGGAAAACAACACAGAGAACAUUUCAAUGCUUCACAAUAACGAGGGGGCCUCCCACUUGAACUCCCCUGUAAAUAAGGAGGCGGUGCUGUUCCGGAAAGGAACGAUGCAGUCCAUCAACAACGAGCGAAGAGCCUCCAAGGUCCUGGGCAUCGUCUUCUUUUUGUUCCUCAUCAUGUGGUGCCCAUUUUUCAUCACUAAUGUCAUGUCUGUCCUUUGCAAGGAAGCCUGUGAUAAAGACCUGUUGAGUGAGCUCCUUGACGUGUUUGUUUGGGUGGGGUAUGUGUGCUCUGGGGUCAAUCCCCUGGUGUACACCCUCUUCAACAAAACCUACCGCAGGGCUUUCUCCAAUUACAUCCGCUGCCAAUACAGGCCUGGUAAAAAAUCAGCACUGCGGCAGAACCAGUGUCUGAACGUGGCUUCAACAGCUUUGUAUGGCAAAGACCUGACUUUAACUAGUUAUCGAAAUGGCAAUGAAUUCAACAGCAUGGAACUAGACGAAGCUGAGGAGGGCCUUGAGAUGCAACCAGGGACUUCAGAGCUCUCCAUAAACAGCUGUAAUGUCGUAAGUGAACGAGUGAGCUGUGUGUAAAAGAGACUCUCAUAGACCUUUGCUACGGUGCAUCUGUAGCCAAAAUAUAUAUGGUGUAAAAAUGUAAGUGUCAGUCAAAGGACAAUGUAAAUAUUGCAUUCUGAACAAAGCUUUCAGUUUUUUUUAAAGAGAAAAAAGAAUUGUCUUUCCAGUCCAGUACUUAAAAUAAUAUAUAUUAAUAUACUGCAGUGAAGUUUAAGGUUCUAUAUUUACUGUUAAUACUAGAUCAGAACUAUUAGUUACUUUGCAUAUGUCAUGGACAAAAUGUUUGAAUUCUUCUUCCAGUGCAUGAACAAAAAUGCUGAAUAUUUAUCUCAGGUGGAAUUUGCUGGAGUCCAGAAUGGCACGUUAAUAGUUAUAUAUCAAAUACAUGCUAUUAGACUUGGUCAGUAUAACUUUCUUUUUCAAGUUGACAGUAAAUAUAUACUUUAAAUCCUCACCCCUAUUUGUGCCGUGUAAAGAUUUUACAGAAACCUGGCAGAGAGACAUCACAACAGUGUAGUGGCCGUGCAGGCACCUGGCCAGACACGUCCUGUUAUGUGUAGUGGCUUCUGCCACACUGGGUCAGUCUUGCACUUCAAGGGACCUUUGUUAGAUUCUGGCUCCCUCUCCAAUCCUGCUGGUUUUUUUCCAUUCCUCAGGAGGCUCUGGCUCCCCUAAGAAAGGCAGGGAAUGUGGUUUUGCAGUCCUGGCUGGGAUCACUCUCAGACUUGGAGAAGAAGUGUGAGAAGCAGAGAGAUCCCCAGUUAUCUACUUCAAACAUUCAGUAAAUGGAAGGCCUAGGAUUCAUUAAAAGCCCUCCUCUGGUCUUGCAGAUAACCAUCAGCUCUGGGAUAGAGCAGGCUGUGCUCAGCGUGGCCAGCACUGCCUUCACAGAUUGCUGGAGGACCAGGGGCUUUGGCUUAUCUGAGGAAGAGCACUCUGGCUUUGGAAGAGCCCAAAUCUCUGCUCUUAUCACUCCUCACAUCUAGCUAUUCUUUAGCUGGUUUAGCAUUUGCUUUUGUUUUCCAGCACAGAACACUGCUUUGGGCACAGAGCAGAAGGUUCUCUGUGUGUGGUGCUGGCCAGGGUCAAGCUGUGAGGAGCAGGAUGUGCCUGCCUGGGGAAUGCUGGAGAGAGGCGUAAGAGAGGCUCCCUGCUCCUGUCUCAGGAGGGGGUGGGCAGAGAUGAACAGAGCAUGUGAUUGGAAUCAUUUGCUGGUGACAUGGUUCUAAAGCAAAUGGUGACCAGGGACAGCAGGGAAGCAGACCUGGAGCUAGUCUGCAGGGAGUAUGUAUCUGGAGUAACUUUAAAAUUUGAUUUAUUCCAUUUUACUCCCAAAGUAAAUUAGAGUAUAUUAUAUUAACACCACUUACAUCUUCAGUGAAAGCAUCCACAUUGAGAUUGAAUGUAUUUUAAGUAAUCUGCUUUUAAUACACACCAUGUAUAAUUUGAAUCAAUAUUCCUCUGCAUUCCUGUGUACACAAACCCUCCAAAGCACUGUGUCUUUCUGAAACUGUGCCUCUGGGGUGAUGCCUCUCGUGCAGAUUUCCUAAUGUGGAAUAUUGUCAAAUGCCAGAUAUCACCCAUAAGGUUUUUUUAUCUUCAUUAACUACUACACAGAUGCUGCAGAGCCCAUCUAACAUAGAUGCAUUUAGCAUCACUGACAGCCUCUGGCUAAGAUAAUUGUCAGAACAGAGAAGCUUACACUAGGCAUGGAUAAAUCACAUUUUAUUUACAGGAAUUGCUUGUACGCUCAGCUUGCUGUGUUCAUUCCAUUAAAACUAACUUGUAGAAGAA